AUGGCUGCCCAAGCUGGGGCUGACCUUCUCGGUGCUGAGAAGCGGCGUCUGCUUGACCGGACAUUCGAAGAGCUGCAAGAGAUGUGCAGGCACCCUUGCGACAACUUGGAUUGCGAUGAACGGUUGAAGUUUGGGGACGUCACCGACAACGCGCGGGUCAGGUGCGGUUUUGUUUGUUUACAAAAAAAGAAGGUUGUCGCGGACUUCUUGAAGCAGACUCCACGCCAGAUUUUCGAGAUCAAUCGCCAGAACAUUCAGUCUGGUAAGAAGAGCAAGAUACUGCACAUCUCCAUCCAAUGCGAUUCUUGUGGAGAGGAAGGGGCCGUCGUCAGGCUGCAGGACACAGUGGAGAAGUUAUACCUCGACCUGCGCCAGUACCUCGCCAACGACAAGGCGCAGCCUUUGUUGUACCGUCCAGGGCAGCCCAAUGAAGACAUGCCCGACGAUGCCAAAGCCGUUUGCGAGCUGACGCACCGGCCAUGCGUGGAUGACUUUGCGAAGAACUACUUGACGAGUGAAGCUCUUCAGUCCAUUCUUCAGUCACUACAACCUGAGCACGAGCUGUACAGGAAGCUGCGAGCGAAAGGUGUAAAAGCCCAGGAGAAGUUCGGGGAUAAGACGAUGACCUACAUCCGCAUCGGCUUAGGUUUACUGGAACUUGGCCAGUACACGGCGGUACUGGAGUUAUGGCCUAAAGGCUACAAGUCCCCAAAGCACCAUCACGGUGGCUGCGCGGGCAGCGUGCGUGUGCUGCAUGGCGCAUUGAACUGCCAGCUCUUCGACAGCAUCUUGGACGAUGAGCCCAUCAAGUUCAAAGGAGAUGAUGGGCAGCUCGGCCUGCCGAACGAGGAACAGUCGACCCUGAAGCUCACGACAGGAGACACCACCUGGCUGAAUCGCCAAAACUGGUGGGUGCAUCAAGUGCAGUGUCACGAUGAUUUCGACUUCGCACUGUCGGUCCAUCUUUACAAAAGCUGCUCUGACGCUUUUGCUUUCAUGAAGCCCACAGGGGCCCUGACAAAAGUUGAAGGUGGAGGUGCUCUUGAAAAGGGCAUGCCGAACAAUGAUUACUUUUGGAACAUCAGUCUAUCGGCGAGUGAUGAACGGGUCAAGGAGAUCGGACGCCCUGCGGAGCAUGAUCAAUCGGCCGGUCCUCUCGAUUUUGAGAAGCACGUCUUGUUCGAGGUUCCUGGAAGAGCAGAUGGAGGCCCAAGACAAGCUCCUCCACACCAGCGUGACGUCCCUGCACAUUGGGCGGCCAUGAAGGGGCACAAGGAGGAGCUGCAGCUCCUCCACGAGCUGGCUCCCGAGACACUUUCUUUCAAGGACAACGGCGGCAGGGUCCCUGCACAUUGGGCGGCCAUGUACGGGCACACAGAGACGCUGCAGCUCCUCCACGAGCUGGCUCCCGAGACGCUCUCUUUCAAGGACAACGAAGGCGGGGUCCCUGCACAUUUGGCGGCCAUGAAGGGGCACAAGGAGUCGCUGCAGCUCCUCCACGAGCUGGCUCCCGAGACGCUCUCUUUCAAGGACAACGAAGGCGGGGUCCCUGCACAUUGGGCGGCCAUGAACGGGAACAAGGAGGCGCUGCAGCUCCUCCACGAGCUGGCUCCCGAGACGCUUUCUUUCAAGGACAACGAAGGCGGGGUCCCUGCACAUCGGGCGGCCAUGAAGGGGCACAAGGAGUCGCUGCAGCUCCUCCACGAGCUGGCUCCCGAGACGCUCUCUUUCAAGGACAACGAAGGCGGGGUCCCUGCACAUCGGGCGGCCAUGAAGGGGCACAAGGAGUCGCUGCAGCUCCUCCACGAGCUGGCUCCCGAGACGCUCUCUUUCGAGGACAACGAAGGCGGGGUCCCUGCACAUUGGGCGGCCAUGUACGGGCACACAGAGACGCUGCAGCUCCUCCACGACCUGGCACCCGAGACGCUCUCUUUCAAGGACAACCUCGGCGGGGUCCCUGCACAUUGGGCGGCCAUGUACGGCGUUGGGCACACAGAGACAGAGACGCUGCAGCUCCUCCACGAGCUGGCUCCCGAGACGCUCUCUUUCAAGGACAACGGCGGCAGGGUCCCUGCACAUUGGGCGGCCAUGUACGGGCACACAGAGACGCUGCAGCUCCUCCACGACCUGGCACCCGAGACCCUCUCCUUCAAAGACGGCCUCGUGGCUGCACGCUGCGGCUUACAAUAA